AUGGCCAACACCAGGCUGCUGCUCCUCCUCGCCCUCCUCUGCGCUGCUGAGACCAGCUGGGCUCUCCGCCUCUACAACGCCGCCUCAAUCUUCAGCUGCCUCAACACAGCCCUUGCCGAAGCCCAGAAGAGCCUCCCGGAGGAAAACGCCGUCUUGGACAAGCGAGGCUUCGACUCCCCAUCACCAGAGGAGGUGUCUGAAGAGGAGGAGAGGGAGGACGCGGUGGACGAAGAGAUGGGGAAAAGGACGUUCCCAGGGGAAGGCCAUUACAAAUAUGUCUCCCAGGCGCAGGUGAAGGGGAAGACAUACCAAAACCGGGCCAAGAGCGAUCGUCGCACCAAGGUCACCCUCUCCCUCGACGUCCCCACCAAUAUCAUGAACAUCCUCUUCAACAUCGCCAAAGCUAAGAACUUGCGAGCGAAGGCUGCCGCCAACGCGCACCUCAUGGCCCAAAUCGGGCGGCGAAAGUGA